GAAGAAAACUGACUGUUGAGUUUGUGUAUGCGGAGGCUGUGGGGAAUUUCGGCUAGAAAAACAACAAACACAAGAAGUUCAUGUUACUCGUUUGCUCGCCCCGUCUUUCAAAAACGCCUAAACUUUCUCGCUUUUUCCCUUGUGGUCGUCUUCAUGUCAAACAUUUGGCGUCUGGGAGCUAUUAUGGCUGUUCGCAGGAUGGUGUUAGCUAGCAGGGUAGCAGGCUAACGGGCUAGCUGCGCCUGAAAGACUGUGCCUAACCGUUAGCUUAGCUUAGCUGAACUUAGCUUAGCAUAGCCUUGGCUGCCUACCUACCCUUCCUGCCGUCAGACUGCAACCAAGGCCAGCCUGCUGAAUAAUUUAAGAGGUUUUCCGAUGGUGGCAAGUGUAGAAUAAGGGGCCAUCAUGCUACGCUGAGCUCGUUUGGGAGUACGAGGACGUCGCUAUGCCGCUGUUUGUCACCUAUCCAUCUCUUUUGUGGAUGUAGAGCAUCUUUCUGCCAUGCCACUUUUUGGCCCUCCGUGAUUCUGUGUUGAUGGCACUGAUCCCUCACUGGAGUUUUUAUUCCAGCUGCUGUUUUAUUUUAUUUACUUAUUUUGGCGCCUGAAGCAUCAGCAAUGAAUGUAUGCGUUGCUGUGAAUUUACCCGGAUACUUGUGAAUUGGAUUUUCCAAGGAGGAGGAAUUUGACAGGAAGCGCCUCCAGGACUGGCCGUAAUUAUUAUUGCUGUUGUUAUUAAUAUUAUUUUAAACAAACUGUUAGCUCAUAGAGGGUCAUGGCUUCAGUGUGGAAGAGACUUCAGCGCGUGGGAAAACAUGCGUCCAAAUUCCAGUUUGUGGCCUCCUAUCAAGAACUCAUGGUGGAAUGUACAAAGAAGUGGCAGCCAGAUAAACUGGUGGUCGUGUGGACACGCAGGAGUCGGCGGAAAUCCUCCAAGUCUCACAGCUGGCAGCCGGGCAUUAAGAACCCGUACCGAGGCGUGGUGGUGUGGCCUGUUCCUGAGAACGUCGAGAUCACAGUCACGCUGUUUAAGGACCCCCACGCUGAAGAGUUUGAGGACAAAGAUUGGACGUUUGUUAUUGAGAAUGAGUCUCCCUCAGGUCGUAGAAAGGCACUGGCCACCAGCAGUAUUAACAUGAAACAGUACGCCAGCCCGAUGCCCACACAGACGGACGUGAAACUCAAGUUUAAACCGCUUUCCAAAAAGGUGGUGGCUGCAGCGCUGCAGUUUUCACUGAGCUGCAUCUUCCUCAGAGAAGGAAAAGCAACGGAUGAAGAUAUGCAGAGUCUGGCCAGUUUGAUGAGUAUGAAGCAGGCGGACAUUGGCAACCUAGACGACUUUGAGGAGGACAACGAAGAAGAUGAAGAGAACCGGGUCAACCAGGAGGAGAAAGCAGCCAAGAUUACAGAGAUAGUGAGGCAGUUAAAUGCGCUCAGCAGUGUAGAUGGCGAUGAAGACGACCCAAAGCUCAAACCAGCCUGUUCUCCUGCAGAGUUGAUCAGUAAGCUGAAUUUUCUGGAGGAAGACGAGCAGGUUCAGACCCACUCUAGCUCGAACCCCUUCGAGGAGGCCGAUGACCCUCUGGCUCUGAACCCGUUCAGUGACCCUGAUGAGGAAGAAGUGCAGCCCUCCCUGCAGUCCACUCUAAAAGAUGAGGAAUCCUCAAACCCAUUCAAUCCAUUUGAUGAGCCUGAACUGGAGCAAGACCAGGAACCUCAGUAUAAAAACCCUUUUGAUGAGCCGGACCCAGAGCCACAAGUGGAGAGCACACCCCCUAGAGGCAGUGCGAGGAAGAUGGUGCGACCGGUGGACAUGAGCAAAUAUCUAUAUGCAGAUAACAGCAAGACAGAAGAGGAGGAGCUGGAUGAGUCGAACCCGUUCUACGAGCCCAAGUCCAGCAGUCCAGCUCUGUCCACUACAGAGGGCAGCACUGAAAAGACCAUGAAACGCCGAGCCCCUCUUCCCCCAGCUGUGACCUCAGUGACCCCCGCCAGCCCCUCAGUGACACCUAAACCAGCUGUUUCUGAGAAGACCCCCAGCGGCCCCCCUGCCUUCCCUGCGCUAGCUGGCAGGGAGCUGGCAUCUUCAUCACCCAAGCCCAGUCCGGUGCCCAGUCCUAUUCUAAGUGGACGGCCGAAUGCCUCUCAGUCUCUGCUGGUUUGGUGCAGGGAAGUUACCAAAAACUACCGGGGCGUGAAAAUCACCAACUUCACAACGUCCUGGAGGAACGGCCUGGCCUUCUGUGCCCUGCUGCACCACUUCAGACCGGACCUUAUUGACUACAAGGCUCUGAAUCCUCAAGACAUUAAAGAAAACAACAAAAAGGCAUAUGAUGGCUUUGCAAGUCUAGGCAUCUCUCGUCUGUUGGAGCCAGCGGAUAUGGUGCUGUUGGCCAUCCCGGACAAGCUGACGGUCAUGACGUACCUCUACCAGAUCCGUGCACACUUCAGCGGUGAGGAACUCAAUGUAGUCCAAAUCGAGGCCAACAGCGGCCGCAGCACCUACAAGGUGGGAGACUUCGAGACAGACACCAACAGUUCCAUCGACCAAGACAAGUUCUACGCCGAGCUAAACAGCGACCUGCACCGAAACGAAAGUCUUAAAGAGCCUGAUGGCAUGGCCGCUAAUGGAGAGGGGGUGGAGCCAGAGGUAGCAUCAGUCACAGGUGCGUCUCUGGGGAUGAGUCUAUCAGAAGCAGGCCUUACUUCAGCAACUUCUGGCCCUGCCUCUGUUGUCACGACAACAGUGACUGAUUCGUACCCCAAACCUGCCCCCCGCACCAAAAUAAGCCCAGAUUCAUCCUCCACCCGACCUGUUGCUUUGGAGACCGAAAAAGCUGGCGCGACGGACAUGGCUGACUCAGCUGGCCUAAUGGAGAGAGAGAAAGAGAGGGAUGGGGCGCCUCCAGCCAAAGUUAUUGAUAUCCAGCCGAAGCGCCCAGGUUCCCUGAGAUCUCUCAAGGCCGACAGUGGGGGUUUGGAACCUGGGACCUCCCCUCCACACACACAGAAACUGGGCUUCAGCUAUAGUCGAGAUGCUGACCUGAGCAAGAAGAAGAGAAGUAGCAUCAGAAACGCUGAGGCAGAGACAAAGGCUGACAGCAGCCCACUGCAGACCAAUCAUAGAGACGCACCUGUUAAACAUAUGCAGAAUGUAGCACCUGUACCUGCGUCCACCACCAACGAGGAGAAGAAGGUGCAGUCUCGUCAGGAGGAGCUGAAGGAGAGAGCACGGUUGCUGCUGGAACAGGCUCGCAGGGACGCUGCGCUGAAGGCCAAAAACAAAACCUUCCCCAACGCCACUUCACCCACCCGCCCACAACAGAUUAUUGACGAGCGUGAUGAGGAGCGGCGGAGGCAGUUGAGGGAGCGAGCGAGGCAGCUGAUAGCGGAGGCUCGUUCUGGAGUGAAGAUGGCAGAGUUUCCUCUGGCCUCAGACGCGUCCACCACUGCAGCAGAGUUCAAAGGAAGGUCAAAGGCAGCUGGAGACGUGGUAGACAUGGUGGAUGGGAUCUGUGUUGAUGAUGAGGAGGAGGGGAGGGCAGAUGAUGAAGAGCAGGUGGCAGCAUCUCUUGAUGAUGAUGAUGAUGUCACUGGUGGUCAGAAUGAGGAGGAGCCCGUGGCCUCCUGUCUGAUGGAGGAGGACUUUACUAACUCUGCCACUGACCUGGCUUCUCUGGGAGUAAUGAACAGUAGGCAUGUGGACCUGAAGCUGAAGAAGCUGACGGACGUUCGGCCGCAGGGUGGAAGCUCGCCUUCAUCAUCUUCAUCUUCCUCCUCCCUCACAGCCUCCACCACCUCUCCGCUCAGCCCGGGAGAGGGACCUGAACUGGGUAUUCAGAAUAAUGCGGAUGAGCUGAAGGCAGAGCAUCUGAGGAGAGCGACAGAGCGUCUGAAGAAUCCUGUGGUGUUCAGUAAGGAGUCUGCAGUGCGGAAGACACAGCUCAAGUCCUUCAGCCAGUACGUGGAGACAAGGCCAGAGGUGAGGAGGCAGAGGUCAGUGCCUGAGGAGCUGAAGCGAGUGAGUGAGGAUAGAGGAGGCUUUUCAGAUAUGGAGGGACGAAGACCAACUGAAGAUGAGCAGAAUGUGUUCAGAGACACCAGUCAGUAUGUGGUUGGUGAGCUGGCGGCUCUGGAGAGUGAGCAGAGGCAGAUUGACUCGCGGGCGGCUCGUGUGGAGAAGCGUCUGCGCUAUCUCAUGGACACAGGGAAGAAUAAGGACGAGGAGGAGGCCAUGAUGCAGGAGUGGUUCACACUGGUCAAUAAGAAGAAUGCUCUCAUCCGCCGCCAGAACCAGCUCUCUCUGCUGGAGAGGGAGCAUGAUCUGGAGAGACGCUUCGAGCUGUUGAACCGGGAGUUAAGAGCAAUGCUGGCGAUUGAAGACUGGCAGAAAACUGAGGCCCAGAAGCGACGGGAGCAGCUCCUUCUGGACGAGCUGGUCAUACUGGUCAACAAGCGUGAUGCACUGGUCCGAGACCUUGAUGCCCAGGAAAAAGAGGCGGAGGAGGAGGACGAGCACCUGGAGAGGACUCUGGAACAGAACAAAGGAAAGAUGGCUAAGAAAGAAGAGAAAUGUGUCCUUCAGUGAUCGACAAUUCCGACGUGACAAAAAACUCACUAAAAAUACUAAGGAUGAAAAGAAGAGUGUUCACUACAGUUUCAAGCAAUGUACUACUAUCAUACUGAGCAUUGUGUAAACACUUAUUACAUUAAUUUUAACUUUAAAUGAAACUUUGGUCAGCAUUUUCAGACCCAGGCUGGUGGGUAGUUUUCUGCCAGCGCCUCGGGUUUUUCCUUUAUACUAAGAGAUUACAUUUCACCAACACUAAUAGGCCAUUAUUUUUCAUUUGGUUUUGGUUGCGCUAGUGAGCAAGGUACUUUUAUGUGCUAAAAGCAUAACCAAGCAGAAAGCUUUCUGAGAUGAAUAACUACAUAAUGACCAAGAGAGAAGGCACCACACCGGACAUGCUGACUUUUAAAUCGAUGACAUUUCAAGUGCACGUAGCCUUCAACCUUGGGAAUAUGUGGUAAUUUCCCAGUGGAAAUUAUGACUGAAAACUUUUUAGGUACACUAUGUUGUUUUAUAGGGAAGUUUGUUUUUUUGUUUUUGUUUUUUUUUUUUUUUUUGCUGCAUUCAAAAAAAAAAAAAAAAUCAUUUCAACUUGGCUCAAGUGUCAGCAUAUCUUCCUUUAUUGCAAGCAAUGUUUAUUACUUAAUGUAUAUCUUUUAAUUCAGCUACAUUUUAAAAUUUUUAAAUAUAUAGGAUAUUUCCGGAGGGGAAUGUUGCAUUAUUAUUUUUGUUCUUUUUUUUUUUUUUUUUAAUUGUUGGAGAGUGGUUUACCAAACAUUUCAGACAUGGCUUGGUGGGGAGGCGUAGUACUUUUAAGUACUCUUUUGAAGACUGAAUGGUCAGGUUGUGUAUUUCAUUUCACUGAGGAAGAAAAAAUGGCUUUGCAAAAUCUUAUUUCCAGAGCAGUUUGAGAUAAUUUAUUGUCAUUUGUCCUUUGAGACGUGCAAGUAACCAUCUUCCAAACCAUGUACAUUAACUCAAGGACCUUGUUAAUAUUUAUUGUAUACUUUACAAAAAGAGAAACAUGCUUUCUUAUGCAUCUCUGGUUCACAUCUCGUGCUGCUGUCUUAUUGUGUGAACAUUGUUUAUUUAUUUCUAAAAUUACCAGUCAUUAAUAAAAACAGACGCUUUCAUACUCUUA